GUCAUGAAGAAAAUUCUUUUGAUUAGCCUUGUCAUUGUGCUGUCAUACUAGACAGUAGAAUAUAAUACAUAUGAUGAAUCAUUAGCAAAACACUUGUUUUACUUGACAUCAGCAAGUUAUUGCAGUGAGUAGCACAUUAAGAGUUGGAACUGUGGUAAGCCUUGCAAGGAACUUAAGCCAAUAACUGAUAUAACAUUUUUUAUUAAUGCCACAAAUGAGAAUGCAGGAUAUGGUGCAUAUCAUCCAGAAACUGACGAAAUCUACUUAGUUUUCAGAGGAACUUUACCAUGGAGUCUCACUAAUUGGAUAGAAGAUAUUGACUUUAUAAAGACAGAUUAUCCUUAUUGUCCCAACAAUUGUGAAGUUCAUAGGUAUUAUAAAAUUGUAAUCAUAUCAUUUAGAGGUUUCUAUUACUCCUUCCUUGGAAUUCAGGAUUAAGUUUUGAAUUGCUUGAAAUCAUUGACCAAGAAAUACCCUUUGGCCAAGAUAACAAUUACUGGGCAUAGUUUGGGAGGUGCUUUAGCCAACCAUGCCCUUGUCUAUUUGACAACAGUAUUCAUAUAUAUGAAUUGUAGAGAGGCUUUACUAUUAGUAAAUUUUAUACUUUUGGAUCACCAAGAGUAGGUGAUAAGAACUUUUUCACUUAUGUUAACCAACAAUUGUUCCCUGGUCCUAAAUUUAGAAUCACUCAUAACCACGACCCAGUUCCUCAUCUCCCAGCCCUGGUCUAAGGAUUUCAUCAUGUUAAUCAAGAGGCUUACUAUAAAGAUUAUUUAUUGGUCAUCCACAAGAAGUAUUAACUUAUAAGAUUUUAGAGUUUAAAUGUGCAAUGAUAAUCUCAAAGAAGAUGACAGUUGCUCUAAUUCGAAUAUUGCUGAUUUAUCAGUUUCUGAUCACACUAAUUACAUGGGAUAUGAUAUGGCAGUAGAAUUACUCACAUGUUAGUGA